UUGCAAUAUUGUAACUAGUACAUUGUACGACUGUAGGCGUAUCCGGAUCGUUUUCAUUCUUGGCGGGAGCACAAAACGAUGGCAGCGGCGUUGGUGGAAUACAUCCAUGAGGCGCUUGACAGGAAUGAAGCACCGCACUUAGUGCGCAUCUGCCGCUCCACGGGAUGCUCCCUACAGGAAGGCCAGGAUGCCAUGACACAGAUACUUACUCAAGAGAAGGACGUGCAGUCCGUCCAUGUGGUCGUCUCGACAGUCAUCAACCCCGAAACCAACACAAUCGCGGGAAAAACCAUCUCGUUGGUGCGUGGGGGCGAUCCAGACGACGAAACGGGCCUGUAUGCUGUAUAUCGCUCGACGGAAUCGUCCUCUGGAAGUGUGGAUGAUGCCUUGAAGAACAUCAUGUGGUUUCCCCGCCUAGACGAAGGCCUCGGGGGCAUCAUCGCGUCGGACAUCGUGUGUGACGCAGCAUCGUCUGGUGCUCGCAACCUCGUGCUGAAAGCAGCAGAGUCGGCGUCGGUCUUCUCCAACUUCAAAUCCACCGGCACCACAAAGAGCACACCGUUCACUCGGCCGUCCUCAAGCUCAGCAUCAUCCAAGGCCCCGACGAAGAAGCAAUCGACACCGUUUUUUGGUGGCGCCGCCGCCAAGGCCGAACCCGUGACCAAAGCACGUCCUCCUCCUCCGAAAAGCAAGUCCAUUGUCGUCGACGACAGUGACGACGACAGCGACGACGAUGAGACCCCUCGAUUUGUCAAGAAAGCGUCGCACCACAAACGCCUUCGAGUGUGCGACGACAGCGACGACGACGACGAGGAGGCCGAGUUUAUGCCCACGUCCAAGCCAGUCCAGCAGGUGCUGCCGCCACCCGUGAGCCCCCCCACGGAUUCCAAGCCGGUCACAACCAGCUUAGAAACGGUGUCGCAUCUAGCACCACCAGCGCCCGUACUGUCGUCGCAGCCAAACGAGGUGGCCAAUAAGGACAAACCAAUCCAUCACCCCCCGCCCCAUAAGCGGCAAAAAGCAGUCUCCACGACCCGCAUCAACGAGCAAGGGUACAUGGUGACCGAGACCACGUACGAAGACGUGGAGGACGACGACGACCUGCCACCGCCGCCGCCGCAAGCCAAGCCAUCGAGUGGAAAACUGCCGGCGCCCCCGCCCAAAAAGAAACGCGUGGUCAAAGCCUCCGGGUCGGCGAAACAGAGCAACCUCAUGGACUUUUUCGGAAAAAAAUAAGCAAAUCUUGACGUUUCAACAUGGAUGCAUUCAUCGUUUGGCAUAUUAUUCACCGGCAUGCCCACCAUCACCACCAGUGUGUACACAGCGUACUGCAAGAAACCAAUGCUAAGCAAUCGAAUUCUAAUUACAUAAGCAUUCGGC